ACCCCCUACGGCUGCUGCGGGCCGGGCCGGCCGAGCUGACGCUGGGCUCGGGCAGACGGUGGCGGAGCCUCUCGUUCCUGUCAGCGCCGAGGCCCUGCAGCUGGAGUGGGUUGGAUCGGAAGCGCUUAGAGCCAGCGAGGGGUUGGAAGAUGCUUCCCGAAGCCGCUCGUCGUUUCCUGGCGGCGGGCACCCGGCCCCGGGUUCGCCGUGCUGUCUCCUCGGGCGACGUGAAGGGGUAGGCAGCAAGGCCGCGCCGGAGGGGGAUGGCGGGCGCCGAGAGCGGGAGCGGCGCCUUCUCCAUGUCCUCGGUCGUUGCAGACUGGAGCUUGGUGUUCUGGACGCUGUGCUCCGUCAUCCUGCCGGUGCUGAUCACUCUGUGGUGCAGCUUCCACCGCUCCCGGCGGCAGAUGCUGAUACGUGACAUCUUUUGCAAGAGCAAGCAUGACUGGCACUACACGGACCUCUUCGGGCAGCCCUCCUACUGCUGCGUGUGCGCCCAGCACAUCCUCCGCGGCACUUUCUGCAGCUGCUGCGGGCUGCGCGUCUGCGAGGGAUGCCUGAAGAAGGCCGACCAGCAUUUCCUCUGCAAGGAAAUCGUGAUGAGGAGCGAAGGUGGAGCCCACAGCUCUAUGCCACACCACUGGAUCAGAGGCAAUGUCCCGCUCUGCAGCCACUGCAUGGUGUGCAAGCAGCAGUGCGGCACGCAGCCCAAGCUCUGUGAUUACAGAUGUGUGUGGUGUCAGUGCACUGCCCAUGACGAAUGCAUGUUGGAUUGUUUAAAGACUGAGGAGUGCACGUUUGGAGAAUUCAAAGAUUUAAUUAUUCCCCCAUACUACUUGUCUACAAUCGACCAGAUGCGUAAAGACAAAAGAACUGAUUAUGAAAAGGUGGUCCCUUAUUGCAGAGAACAUUGGAUCCCAGUAAUCAUACUGGCAAACACUCGUAGUGGGAACAACAUGGGCGAAACUUUACUAGGAGAAUUCAAAAUUCUGCUGAACCCUGUUCAGGUUUUUGAUCUAAGCAAAAUUACACCUGCUAAAGCACUCCAACUCUGUUCCUUGCUGCCUUGCAAUGCUGUCAGGGUUCUUGUCUGUGGUGGGGAUGGUACAGUAGGCUGGGUCCUGGAUGCAAUCGAUGAAAUGAAGAUAAAGGGGCAAGAACGCUUUAUUCCACAAGUUGCAAUUUUACCUCUAGGAACAGGUAAUGACCUGUCCAAUACACUGGGCUGGGGUGCAGGUUAUGCUGGAGAAGUCCCUGUGGAACAAAUCUUACGAAAUGUCAUGGAGGCAGAUGGAAUUGUGCUGGACAGAUGGAAAGUUCAAGUGACAAGCAAAGGAUACUACAACUUAAGGAAACCAAAGGUAUUUACAAUGAACAACUACUUUUCUAUAGGACCUGAUGCUCUUAUGGCUUUAAAUUUCCAUGCCCAUCGUGAGAAGACUCCCUCGCUGUUUUCCAGCAGAAUUAUUAAUAAGGCUGUUUAUUUUUUUUAUGGAACCAAAGACUGCUUAGUACAAGAAUGUAAAGAUCUUAACAAGAAAGUUGAGCUAGAGUUGGAUGGUGAGAGAAUCGAGUUACCCAAUUUGGAAGGGAUCAUUGUCCUGAAUAUUGGAUACUGGGGAGGUGGUUGUAGGCUCUGGGAAGGAAUGGGUGAUGAACCUUAUCCCUUGGCAAGACACGACGAUGGACUUCUGGAAGUUGUUGGAGUUCAUGGUUCCUUCCACUGUGCUCAGAUUCAGGUGAAACUAGCAAAUCCUGUUCGUCUAGGGCAGGCACAUACAGUGAGGCUGAUCUUGAAGAGUUCAAAGAUGCCAAUGCAGGUGGAUGGAGAGCCGUGGGCUCAGGGGCCAUGCACUGUUACCAUAACUCAUAAGACACAUGCACUGAUGUUGUAUCAUUCGGGUGAACAAACAGACGACGACGCAUCCAGCGUGUCUGAGCAAGAGCAUGUGAGAGAACAGACAGAUGAAGAUGUAUAGAUUUUGUGGGAUGCAAGAUAAUACCGUGAAGAACUUGAACCCAUUAAAAACACUGAGAAUGCUUAAUCUAGUUUAAGGAUUAUGCUGUAGGGUUCAUACUUGUGAAUUAAUUAGGGUUGAGAAAGCCAUGCUUUCACAUGCAUGAACAUUUUCACAGCUGAAUUACCACAAUUGUUUUGCCAUUUAGACUGGUGGUGGUACCCAGCCUCUCCAGCUGGAGGAGUUACUGUAAUGGGAGGGAAGGGCCAGACGCUGCAGUUCUCCCUUGCUGUAGAAUCACAUCUUCUGCACAUAUGCAGUAUUGCAUGCAAAGGGUGUAUACCCUUGGAAAGGAGAUCAACUGGGAGUUCAGCCUGCUUCCACCUCUUCUUUUUCCCGGGAACGGUUCCAGAACAGAAAACCAGAAUAAGUAGAAUGUGAGCUGUUUUUUCUGAGGACAGCCUGCGCCUGGCUGCCAUUUGUUGGGAGCAGGAUAAAUUCCUUUUGGUGUACCUGCUUGUGCAGUACAUAUCUUAUGGGUUUGACUGGGAGAGUGGAGGAUGUGGGAGCUCCUGGGAAGGCACUUUGCAAGUAAGAUGUUUUUGGACCAAAGCUUUCUGGGAAGGUAUGUUAGCAAAUGACUCUGUUAGUGGCUUUGUAAGCCCGAGUAUCCAAAAUGCAGCUUCAAAAUAGUUGUACCAUGACUUGCACUGAAUGAUCCUCUGACUGCUUCAGCUCAGUGAGAGAUUAAUUCUAGUUUUUGUAAAUAGUAAUUCAUUUUAGUUCUUAAGGAGGCUUGCUGGAGGAAAACUUGACAAAGGAGCUGUCUGUUUAAAAUAUACAAGAGAUGAUUUUAAAUAAUGAUGGCUGGCAAAUAUUUAGCAGUUUGAAGGGGCUUUUUAAAGAUUACCUGAAAACAAUUGGUGGCAAGUCCAUCUGGUAACUGUUUCAACAUAUGUAUCAUUGGACUGGAGGGGGAAUGAAACAUUUGUUUUCUGACUGGCCCUUAAGGAAUCAGAGAUCUCUGUCAGCACUGAGUCAUCAUUCCCCAUGUGAAUAUAGGGCCAGAAAACUGUAAGUGGCUUAUACUGUAAACUGUCAGUUUGACAUAUCUGAAGCUUCUCAGGGUGAAAACACCUUCACAGUUAACAGAAGUGAAAACCUGCUUCCUAUUUUUGUUUUCCUCUUGUAGGUAUUUUAAACCUGCGGCAGGUGAGAGCUAAGAGUUAAGAUCUGAAAUCUGUAACUAUUUAUUCAGUUAAGUCCAGUUGAGUUGUUGAAGAAUAUAAUUCAUGCUGAACAUAGACUGCAUAAGCGAAGGUUGUUAGAGGAGUUGAGGGGUCUGAACUUUAAAUGUUGCUGCUUUUGUCAAAUUUCCCCCAUCAUUUUUUCAUUUUUUCUUUAUGCUGACUGCGAGUGAUACCAUUAGGUAAGGUAGGUUCUCUCUAGGUUUUGUAAGAAGAAACAGUUUUUCAACAAUCUAUAAAACAAAGUUUGCAUUAACAGUGAAUGAACUAUUUAUAUUUUGAAAUAAUUUAUUACAGCCUUGGUGAAGUUAGUAUUCUUAAAACCUCUAACUGUAAUCCCAUCUGGAGGACACUUUUAAAUUGAUAGUAUUCAUUCUAGAAAAUGUACAUGCUAGAUCUGAAAAUACUACUGAUUAUCUAUGUAUUUAUAGUCAUCUGGAAAUGUGAUUGGAGUAUAAUGAACUGUAAGGCAGACACCAUUUGUAAAGGUCUCAUUGAUCAGCCUCCCAUUCUUCAUCUUAGUUGUUUUAUAGUAUGUAAAUACAGAGAAGUCUAUGUAAAAAGUAUUUAAAAUAUGCAAAAACAUGCAGUGUUAGAUAGACCUGUUACCCUCACUUUUUUUGUUUUGUUAUGGAUUUCAAUUUAUAGCUUCAGAAGUCUUCUAGUGGAAAGUUGUUUUUAUUUGAUUAACUUACAGACAUGAGCAUCCUACAAAUAUUUAAGUUCUAUGUUGUGGUUCUCACGUAAGUCAUUUACAAACAAAAGACUCUGGAAAAGCAGAGUAUGUGCUCUGAAGGGCAGUAUUUUCUCCCAAGAAGUCGCACCCACUGGCUGCUGGAACUGAACUGCUCAGAGUGCAGUUUAAAGAGCUCCCUGACAUUGAUCAGAUGAUUUUUUGCUUUAUUUUAUAGCUUAAGAAUCUUCAGUGGUUCAAAGACUUCCUUCUUUGAGCUCCCAACAUCUAGAAAAAUGACUUGGAAAGCUUUGCUUUUCUCCUCUCUUUGCCAGUAGGUAAGCUGGUUUUCCACGUCUGUUCUGCCUGGUUCCACGUUCCAGUGAUGCUGAGCUGUGUUUGUGCACACUGGAUGCUCACACUUAGUGCACUUUGCCAGGAAUCCAGUCCUGAAUGUGUGAAAUACUCUUUGGGAAAUGGAACUCUAUCAGUACAUUUGCAGAAAGCAGAGAGGAUGAGAAUUGAAAGUAACAUCUAAGUGUGCAUUUGUUGGCAGAGCCCCUGGUGAAUUGUCUGUGUUGGACAGAUGGUCCCAUUCUUGGGUAUGGGAGUGAAGAAGUUUGUUUCACAAACUGACUGUUGGUGACUGCAGGAAGCAAUAAGUAGCAAGUUUAGUUGUUACAGACAUGGAGAGCUUCUUGUAAAUUUGCAUUUAUCAAGUGGAGGAUAUGCUGUAUUUGUCCAGUUUCCAACCAGGCAUGUGGUCAUCCUUCUAUUGCAACUAUAUAUAUAGUUGUCAUAUGCAUGACAAUAAAAGCUUUUUAAGCAAUGUUAGCACUAGAAUCCAUUGGGAAGUCUUGCUGCUUCCUACACUCCAUCCUUUCAUUUAAAUGUCCUCUUUUGCACUGUGUUGCAAAUAGAAUUAGUUAUUUUGAGUUACUCUUACGGGACUGUUUAAGUUUUGGUCCAUCUUCUAGAAGUGAAUGUGAGCAUUGGGCUCCCAGAUUAUAACACUGACAUAAAUUACUUUGUGUAGCCUGUAAUAUAGCUGUAGUUGUUUAACGUUGACUUGUGUUGUGGCUUUAAAACUGCUACAUGUUUUUGUUUUAAUGUUGUUGGUGCAGAAAGCACCAGUACAAACAGCUGCUGUACAGAUAGCUCCCUGAAAGCACUGUAAGCCUCAAAAUACUGCAGUACAUCAUUCACCCAGAAGAGGGAAUUCUGCAGCUGGGUCUCAUGUCCUGCACAGAAGGAUUCUCCCUCACCCUCUUACUGAUAAACACUGAGGAACAAUAAUGACAAAUAAUGAGUAGUUUAUUCUGGCAGUCUUCAUACAGUGUAACCUUGUGUAAAAUGUAGAGAGUGAAUAAUAACAAAAAUUGUCAAGCACUCAAAAGUGGUUGUACAGAGCUGAUUUUGAAGUUUGACUGCAGCAUACCCUGGCAUUACAGAAGCUUGGUCAGAUGCUGUAGCAUCCUUUGCUGUAGGUUUCCAGUCCUGUGAAAUGCAAAUAGCAAACUGAAGGAGAGCCUUCCUGUGCAUAGCUUCCUGCCUGGCUCCAACCUAGUUUGUUUGUGUGCAUGUUGAGAGGAGGGUGUAUGUGUGCAUUUCCAUACGCACAGAGCUCUUUGUCUUAGGCUUUGUUUGACUUCUUUAUUUGUGCAUUUCUCCACUUUGAGCUUUCUCUUUGAUACUUUUUGCCUGCUAACUUGUCAGCAAAGCACACUGGGAUGGUUUCACACAGCAGCCCACCUUGUUGGCAUGUUCAGUCGCCUCAAUGGCUAAUUUACUCAGAUAAUACCUGGAAAAUAUUAGAAUGGGCACCUUCAGGUGUAGCAUUCCCAGCCUCCAGACCUGUUCUCAGUGCAGUUUUUGCUCUUUGCUGCUGGGGACAAAUGUCCACAUUCUCCACAGGUUCUCAGAACCAGGAGUAGAAGUUCUUGUUUCAGUUCAGCCCUUUCCUUCUGCCUCUAUGUUACAUGCACUGAUGCUCACAGCUUUUUUUUAGUGUAUAUUAUUGUAUUUAACUGGUUAAAGCAAGCCAACUUAAAGCACUGUACCUUAGCUGUAAACAGCAUAACAGUAUGAAUGUUAUAAUACUACUUUUCUACUUAGGAACACUUUUAGGAAGAGCAGCGCUGCGACCUAGCUCGUUAAUCUGUGGGUAGAGUAGGACACUUGGGAAACUUCACGUGUUCUAACUGAAAAUCCUUUUUGUUCUGUAUCUCAUACUUAGCAGUAUUUGCAGUUUUCUUUAAAAAGAAGCAAGAUUGUUAGUUAGGAGUAGACUAGUUGUAACUAUACUCAGUUAGGAGUAGACUAGGGCAUCUUUAGAUUUAAAAACAGUAGUAGCAUCACUGAUCCUGUUGAAUGUGAACCACUGACUUAAAAAUGCUCUGAUUUUUUGCUCUGAGACACUGUAGCUGCAUCUUGAAUGUAGGAAAGAAACAAUGGAGGGCAUUUAGCAAUUAGGUGUACUGAGAGAAUUUGCAGGUUCUGUAUUGUAGCAUUGUUUAGGCCACUGUUCUAAAGGCAUGGCUUGAUCAAAAUUUCUUUGUCUCACUAAGAGUGCUGAAUACCCAGUGCAGGUUUUGGGCAUCUCAGGGACAGACCAGCUGGAGUAAAGCCACAUGCCUCCAUUAAACCUAGUGAUGUUACACUGUUGUGCUUCAGCUGAGGAUCUGGCCUUUACUGUUCGAAGGUAUGAAUGUAUUUAAAAUUUUACUUCUCAUCAAUACUACCCUGUUUACUGUGCUGUAAAUUCUUCUUAUUAUUGUAUAUAGUUGUUGCACUGCUUCGUUUGCAACUUGUUUGCAGGUUUCAGCAUAAAUCCUUUUCUCCUGAAGGGUGAGUGGGAGCUCAUAUUGUGAGUUUGUUGCAUUCUGAGUCUUUCAAGUUUACAUCCCUCAGAAGCCAUUUUGUCACCUACCAAUGUUGUAAUCCUUGAGUACCUCCAGCCAUCUUCUCUUUAUAGGGUUUUUAUAGUUAAACAGAAUGGGUUUUUAUUUUUGUAGCUUGUAACUUCAACUGUAUAGUAGUUACUCCUAUUCAGUAAUGAGUGGUCAGAAUACUGUACCAAUGUGACUGAAAAGCUGUAACUGUAAUAAUAACUACUUGCAAGAAAAUACCAGCAUGUUAAAAGUUUAAAAAAGAGAAGUUAUUCUUUAGCUUGGAAAUACUGUGAUACGGUGACUUGGAACUUGUAUUGGAUGUAUGUGCAUAUUCUGAAGUUGCUUUAAAUAAGGAAAGAAAAGAAUAAAACCUGAGCUUAGCAUGCAAAUAAUAGGCCAAAAGGGGAAACUGUAAACAGUUUUAUCAACCAAGACAGACAUUUAGGACUGGGUGGGUUCUAUGUUUCUCUUAUAUAGCGCUGAAGCAGGACUGGUCACGGAGUAGUUGUUUCCUUGUGGUGCAGUUUAAGUGUCCAACCACAACAAAAGCCACCUGCACCGUUCCCUCUGUGUUCCCAGAAACAGAUCUCAGAGCAAAACUGAAUGCUCGUUGCUGUGAGCUGCGUGAGAUCGUACAGCAUAGCGCUGAGCCUCCAGUGCAGGCUCUGAAGGCGAGUUGUUAUGUGGUUCUUGGCAUCGCACUGCUCUUAAAUGCCACAUGCUUCUUCCUUUGGUGUUAAAAAGGAGACAAGUGACAAAGGAGGGGGGUGAGGAGCGGGACUGCAGCCCUCACUGCCAGCAGCUGGGCUGUCGGUGUGAUUGUAGAGCUUCCCAUCACGGUCUACUUUGUUUGCAAUUCUUGUUGGCUUAAUCCAGUAUUUCUGAAGCAGGUGGUGCUGGCGUUGACCUGUGAGCUGGUGCCAGCUUCACUCAAAUCAUACUUAAGGGCAAUACAUAUUAUUUGCCUGGGCGAGGUUCUGCCUAUUAAAACCACACCUCGGUGCAGUCACAGCGCUGUCAGGGCCUGAACCCUGCAUUAACAGAAAUGAAAGUGAAACCUUUUGUCUGCAGUCAGCUGUAUUGCAGUCUGUUACUGAGACGUGAGCUCCUGAAGGCUCUUUGGAGGAAGGGCAGCUCCGUCUCCUUCACACAGCCUUGCAACUACAGGUUUUCAAAGGACUGACUCUGCUACUGAGUUUCCUAACGAGCUGUUUUGUUGUCCUGUUGUUUGUACUGUAUUUAUCUGUGGUCUCAAAUGUGUGGAUUAAAGUAUUUAAACUCAA